AUGGCCAAACCGACCAUGAGUCCGGAAGAGCAACUGGAAGAUUUGCAAAGGAGAUUCCAAUUGUUGGAAGGAGAAAGGAAGGCGACCUAUGAGACCGCCAAAUUGAAUAUUCAGCAGAACAAGGAAAUCAUCGGUCAGAUGAAGGAUGAAAACAAGAUGCUCAGAAAUCAGAUCGCACAGUUGCGAGAUGAGAAACCACAAUCCUUGGAGAAAGUCUUGGAUUCGACCAGUAAUGAGGUUCAACAAAUGCAGAGGAGAUUUGACAUGAUCAAAAACGAGAACAACAAGAGGCGUGGCUUUCUGGAUCAGUUGGACAUCAAAAAAGACGAGUUGUCGAUGGGUUCCAAGAUGCACUCCAACGAAACGUCUCCAGAAAUGCGGCAGAUCAGGGUUUUGGAAAAUCGUUUGGACAAGGUGAUGAUCAAAUACAACGAGGCUCAAAGCAUUCGGAAGACCUAUGAGGCUAUCGUGAAGCGUUUGAAGGAUGAAAGGAUCGGUUUCGAUAACCAACUCUGUGCCAUUGAACACACGCUCAAGGCGAAAGAGCGUGACUAUGAGGAACUCCUGCUGUUGUCCCAUGAUGCCUAUCAUGCCAAGGAGAUGGCUCAAGCUGAGCUGCACCGCUUUGAGCAGGGCGUCAUGGAGGAAAGGAAUCAACGUGACAGGGAAGUUCAAGAGAAGAAGAUCUUGGUGGAGCAACGUGUUGAGAUGAACAAACGUCUGGAACUUCGAGAGAAGAGUUUGAAGCAACAACCCGAGACUGAAAAAGGCCACGACCGGCUGAAAGAAGCCUCGGUGGUCUCCGAAUUCACCGCAGGUUAUUCAGGAGAUGCCGCACAAGAGGAAUUGCAGAAGAUCAUGGACUACAAGGAAGCAGUCCAAGCCAUCAAGGAUGCCACAGGUGUGAGUGAUGCAAAUGAGAUCAUCCAGAAGUUUUUGACGCAAGAGGACACGCAGAAGAAUCUCCAACAGUUGACCAAGGACAACCAAUCCACAAUCGACAGGUUGAAUGAAGAUCGGCAACGUCUUCGUUUGCAGGUUGAAGAGCUGAAGUUCUCCAGUGGUGGUCCUGGCGGACGACGACAGGCCAUCGAUGACUUCGAGUCACACCUUGGCGAGGCCACAGAGAAGUUCGAGCGCAACCGCGGCAAGUUCGAACGCGUGGCCAGGCCAGACGGGCCACCGGCGGGCCACCGAAAGGGACGAUGGCAAUGGGAUGGCAAUGUGGGAUUUCGCGGAUCGAAAGAUUUGCAGAAAAUUUUUGGCGAUAUGAUGAAAUGCCAAUGA